AUGUAUCUUUAUCUUUUCCUACUGACAACGUCUAUAACGCUCGGUCACGCUGAAGAUAAAUUCACGAAUAAUGGUAUUAGCCCACAUAUAGUGGGAGGCAGUGAUGCGGAAGCAGGCGAGUUUCCAUAUUUAGUAUCACUCAGAAUCAGACAAAAAGGGGAAAUACUGGACGGUCAUGUGUGUGGUGGAAGCAUUCUCACCUACAGAUGGGUAGUCAGCGCUGCACACUGCACAAUCAAUGUCAAACCCGUGGAUAUUAGAAUAGUGGCUGGAUCAAUCAAACUAUCGGAGGGCGGAUCAAUCUAUUAUGUAGACAGAAUUGUGAAUGGAAACUUUGAAAAUAUAACUAAAUCUGAUGACAUUUCUCUUAUCAAAACAAAAACAGAUAUUGUGUUUAAUAAAUAUGUGAGAAGUAUCCUAUUGUCUUUGGGACCUGUACCCGUCGGAGAAGACGCAAUGAUAGCGGGCUGGGGAUUUACUGAUAAAUAUCGGACACGGAGAACCGAUGUUUUGCAAAAACUUAUGGUUCAUAUUCGUCCAUACGAUGUGUGUUUAAAGUAUUUACCUAAUUACUUUAAGGAUACACAUACAAAGAUAUGCAUUCAAAGAGAAUACGGGAAGGGAGUUUGUCACGGCGAGUCCGGUAGUCCUUUAAUAUAUCAGGGACUGCUGUAUGGUAUUGCCUCAUUUAAUAUAGACAUUCAUUGCGGUGUUGGUGUGCCGACUGUCUACACAGAAGUACGUCCAUACAUGCCAUGGAUAUUUAAUAUUAUUUACACAUAA